AUGCAUAACGAGGAGCAGCACAGCACACUGGAGCGGGCAUACUCGGAGUCUUCUCAACCAGAUUUGGAAUUCAAUCAACCAGCGCUGGAAGUCAACACAAAAGUACAUAACUUCGCUUCAGAAACCCAACUACCAUUCCAAAAUACCCACGAACUCCCCUGCCGUCCUUCAAGCCCCGACAAACUGAGAGCGAGGACAGUAUACGGAUCCAAGAAGAGAAGGUUUGCUAUCAUAGCGGCUAUCCUGGCUUUUGUACUUGCUGGUGGAGUUGGUGGAGUUCUCGGGGGAACGAUUGGAAGAAGAAAACGUCCAAAGCCGGCAGAAAAAGAGCCAGAGCAAAAUCAAACAGUGUCCGCACUGUUGGAGAACUCGAAAUUGGCGUCAGUCAACUGGACUGACAGUAAUAAUUUUAUACACCAUGGUCUACUGUACCAGAAUAGAACAAACGAGAUUUUAUGCUCUGUCUGGGACUCGCAGAAUACGACAUGGACCACAUCUCCAGUUUCUGUGGACGCCAAACGAGUCGAAUCUGGAACCUCAAUCGCUGCAGUCGCCGGCUAUGUCAAUGACCUUCCUGCUCCGGACUCUACUGCAAGUGCCAAAGUUUUCCAAAUCUCGAUCUACUUCUACUCAACCGAAAACAACAUAAUGGAAUUUUACACAAGAGACAUGCAGGCUCGCACUUGGGAACUAGGGCUGUUGACAAACAGACAAAUCAAUGGCUACCCCAAAUCUCAGCUAGCUGCGACUCGACACCAAUGUGGCUCUGUUUGGUGCAAUAAUGGUACUGUUCUUAUGUUUCAAGAUGCGAAACAGAAGCUCAAAGCCAUCAGUUACAAUCGAACUGUAAUAGACUCUCCACAGGGCCCAUCGGUGAAAGGCUGGGAUGUUCAAGCGAGCGAAUUGGAUACUCCAGUGGAAUCCAAGACCCCCUUGGCGUUGAUACCUCUUGCGAACCCAACUACUUCAAAAGUAGCAAGUUUGCUGAAGGCUUAUGGAGUAAGCAAUAAAAUUACACAAGAGUUUGCGUCGACUCGGGGGAGCUGGGUUCCUGGUAUGUGAAGAAGCAUAAUUACAUGUUUGAAGUUUUGCUAAGGGCAUGUCAAUUUAGCUACAACCUUCGAGGACGAUCGUCAAGAAACCUCACAACUCUCCGCAAUUCCUCUCAACACUGCUGGCGGUGGUUUAUCAGACAUUUAUCUAACUAAACUAUACCCGAAUGGAAAGAUAGCUAGCAUAUGGUGCAAUGAUCAACGAUGGAGUGGACUUGCUGCCCCGACACUAAAUAAAGCUCCUAAUGGCACAAACUUUACUGCGAUUUCUAUGAGCUACGAUCGACGGGCCUAUGGCAUUUCAUCUGGCAAGAUACAGGAGUAUGAUAUCGAUGUCAAAAAUCCGAUGAGUUGGACAUAUUUGGGCACUAUUAAUGCCUGA